AUGAGAGCGAGGUACAAGCAGUUUGAGCACAUGUUUAUGCUGGGUGUGUGUGCGUACUGGGCUCUAUCUCUCGGGAGGACGGGCCGUCAGCCCACUUCGUGGAUCUGCUCUAUACUAGUACCAGGGCGUCAAGGCGUCUAUCGGAUGAUCAGACUCGUCGCAUUCGGGCUGCGUAGCUUCGUUGUACUUGGUGCAUUUACUAAAUUUAUCCCCCCGUUGUGCGGCCCAGAGAUUGGUGGGCAAGGCAAUGGGCAGUCGGCCUCUCCGGUUACAUCGAUAGAGCGUCUGCUGCAAAAUUCACAAAGUACGGAGUACAUGUACAUGUAUCUUCCAGGUCUCUUACCCACCACAGGUCGGGCUCAGGUCCAUGCCAUCUCUGCAAAUAUUGUAUGGCACAGCUUCUCCCUCUUGCUGACCGCCCAGCGAGCUGGUACCUGCCAGACACCCGCUGCUCCCAUGCCUGGCCUGUGCCAGUACGAGUACGGCCACCCGCUCUCCAGCGCAAUCACGCCUGAAGCAAACUCACUACCUGCGCCUCGCCGUCAUCGUGGAGGCAGCUGA